AUGGCUGACGUGAGCGACCCAGCGAUUGAGGAGACCAUCUUCGAUGUGCGCAGUGAUGCGACCGACACGGACUGGUGUGCCAUUGGCUACAAGGGCAAGGGCGUGCUUGGCGUCGCCGGCAGCGGUUCCGGCGGACACGCUGCGCUCAUGGACUUUCUCCAAGACGACAAGGCGUACUUCUGCCUGCUGCGGCUGCUGGACGGCGACCAAGAGUCCAAGCGCGUCAAGUUUGUUGCCCUGACGUAUGUUGGGGAAGGUGUGGGUGGCAUGAGCCGUGCACGCGUCGGUGUGCACACGGGCUCCAUUCGUCCUCUUCUCGGGCAAUGCAACGUCGAUCUCACCGCUGACAACAAGCGUGAGUGCACCGAGUCCAUCAUCCGCAAGAAGCUCAAGAUUGCUGGCGGUGCCGACUAUGACACUGGCUCCAACGCCAAGGGCUACAAGUCCGAGGCAAAAAGUCUCCGAGCCAAGGCGCUUGCCACCUACCAGCAAAAGGAGAAAGAAGGCACGGUGUCUGGCAUUGUGUACACGAAGAGCGCACUGCCCUCAACCACGCCCGUCGACCUCAGCGGUCGCAAGAUGGUCGCCCCGCCAACCGAAGCCAAGAAGAACAUCCGUGACACGAUUGUGGACACGAGCAAGUUCCGUGGUCGCGUCGCCACGUAUUCAGGCUCGACGGCAGCACAGCGCGCCAAGGCAAAGCCUGCUGCUGCAGCCAAGCCCAAGCCUGCGGCAAAGCCCAAACCUGCACCUGCUGAGAAGCCCAAGCCAGCCGCCAAGCCAAAGACGGCUGAAAAGCCUGCUGAGAAGCCAGCACCUGCUGAGAAGCCGCCCGUGCUCGCACGCAAACCGUCCGUCAACCGCAAGCCUUCGGUUGGCGCCAAACCGAAGCUCGCAGCCAAGCCCAAGCCCGCUGUGAACGGUCACACGAACCAGGACACUCAGGACAAGUCCAAGUUCGUCGCCGAGAAGACCGCCCCAGCCACUGGCGAGGGUGGCCGACGCAGCACAUGGAGCAUGUCGAGCGGGCCGAUCAUUGAGGACGCGGACGAGCGCGCCCGUCUCCGCGCGGAGGCGAGGAAGGCCAAGCGCGAGGCAGCCGCAGCCAGGGCGCGGGAGGAGGCGCGUGCGGUGCGGAUGGCAGCGAUGGGAUCACCGGCAACGCGGCGGUCGCGCAAGGCGGCGGCGGCGCAGCCCGUGGUGGUGGACGAUGAUGGAGACGAGGGCGACAAGGGGGCGGUCGUGGUCGAUGCGAAGAAGAAGGAAGAGGAGGAGGAGGAGGAACAGCGCAAGCAGGAGGAGGAGGAAGAACGGGAGAGGAAGGAGGAAGAAGAGGCUGCUGCGAAGAAACAAGCCGAAGAGGAAGAACGGGAGAGGAAGGAGGAGGAGGCAAGGAAGCAAGCUGAGGAGGAAGAGGCAGCCAAGAAGCAAGCUGAGGAGGAAGAGGCUGCCAAGAAGCAAGCUGAGCAAGAGGAAGAGAGGAAGAAGAAGGAAGAGGAGGAGGAGGCUGCCAAGAAGCGAGCUGAGCAAGAGGAAGAAGAGAAAGCACGCAAAGAACAAGAGAAGAAGAAGUCAUCGGGCAAGGCAUCUCUCUUUGAGGAUGAUGAGGAGGACUUUGACGAAGACGAGCUCUUUGGAAAGAAGGCGGCCGAGCAGCCAAAGAAGACGACAUCGUCCCUCUUUGCUGACGACGACGACGACGAGGACGAGGCAGAGUUGUUUGGCAAGGCUGAGUUGCCGCAAGCACCGGCAACAACGCAACACCCGCCAGAAGUCGCAGGCCAGUUCCAGGAAGCCGCAGUCACCCUCCCCUUUCCGACCCUUGUUCGCUUCCUGGAAAAAUAUGGCCUGCUCCCCCAUCCUGACUUUGACGGGACCCCUGACGGAUUGCGUGAGUUUGUUGAGGCUUGUUGAUGACGUUGCGUUUGGUUGACCACGUUGCGAGGCCGCUCGAAUUCGCAGAAGCGCCGACUUCUUGGAAUUGCAUUGCAGUAAACAAGGGUCUUCCAUGCUGUG